AUGUCCGCCACGCGGGCCCACGCGGCUCCGGAUUGGCUCGUCCACAUUUCUUUCUACUUCACCAGUCCAUAUGCACGCUCAGCUCUCGGACAAAAAGCUAGUUUGCGCCCAGUAUGUCAAGAGUUCAUCGAGGCCCUUGAAAGGUGCCAUGCCAAUGGCUGGACUAAAUUCAUUGGCGCUUGCAACCAGAACAAAGACGACCUGAAUCACUGUCUGAGGACCGAGCGCCUCACUCGUACCAAGAUGAACAGGGAAAAGGCUAAACUGCGCCGAGACAAAACAGAUCAAGCUCUGCAGGAAUUCCGUGCGCUAUAG